AGCUGUAGUAACGAAGGAUGGUGCGCCCAGAAAUUGAAAUCGAAAAUUAAGUGGAAAAUAAAGAAAAAAAUAAAAAAUAGAAUAAUGAGCCAGCUGUGUUACCACAGCAAUUCGUUGUAUUUGUUUUCGGGUAAUUAAAGGCGGGAUUUGGACGGUCCAGAUUUACGAACAUAACAUUACUCCGUAGUUGUCGGUUCCAUUAACACUUCUUAUUCAUUUCCUUUUCUUCUUCUUCUUACUUUCACUUUGUUUAUUUCUUCAUUACUUACGAUAAUCCCCUUUUUAUAGUCUCCCCUCUGUCUCUCCUCUGCUUCGCUCUUACCUGUAAAUUCCAGUUCAGUUCCCGCCUGGACCGGUCCAAUCCGGUCGAAUUCAUCGUGAUGAAUCCUGAAUAUGAUUAUCUGUUCAAGCUUUUGCUAAUUGGGGAUUCUGGAGUUGGAAAAUCAUGUCUUCUUCUGAGAUUUGCGGAUGAUUCAUAUCUGGACAGUUACAUAAGCACAAUUGGAGUUGAUUUUAAAAUCCGAACUGUGGAGCAAGAUGGGAAGACAAUUAAACUUCAAAUUUGGGAUACUGCAGGGCAAGAAAGGUUCAGGACAAUCACUAGUAGCUACUACCGUGGGGCACAUGGCAUUAUAAUAGUUUAUGAUGUGACAGACCAAGAGAGUUUCAACAACGUUAAGCAAUGGUUGAAUGAAAUCGAUCGUUAUGCAAGUGAAAAUGUAAACAAGCUCCUGGUUGGAAACAAGUCUGACCUCACUGCCAAUAAAGUUGUUUCUUAUGAAACAGCAAAGGCAUUUGCAGAUGAAAUCGGCAUUCCAUUCAUGGAGACGAGUGCAAAAAAUGCUACGAAUGUAGAGCAGGCUUUCAUGGCAAUGGCAGCUGACAUCAAGAACAGGAUGGCAAGCCAACCAGCAGCAAACAGUGCAAGGCCACCUACUGUGCAGAUACGUGGACAACCUGUUAACCAGAAGUCUGGGUGCUGCUCUUCUUAGUUCGCUCUUGACUGACCUUACAUGGCAUGUGCAUCCAGAAAUGGCUUCUGAGUUGUCUUGGAACUAUAGACUGAAUCCACAUUAAACCAUAAAAUGAUUUGCUUUAUCAGUUCUGUAUGCAAUUCAAAAUAUUUUAUUGUUUUCUGUUUAUCUUAUUGUUUAAUGUCCUGUACAAAUGAAAUGAUGCAUUGGUUGAUGGUAGUAAAUGGUCUUGUCAUUAUUUUCCUCCACAAA